AAAGCAAGCUUUACCAACUUCGACUGUGGUGAGGUGUAGGCAAUGGGGGCAGUGGAGGGCAGUGGGUGGUGAGGGCGGUGAAGGGCAGUGGAGAGUAUUGGAAUUUUGGGCAUUAUUUCUUUUAGAAAUCUUUCUUACUCGGGUUUCUAAUUGGAUUCGGCCAGUUUCGUUAAGGAUUCGUUUGGUUAUUAGUGACUGUAUUG